CUUUGUUUGGCACUGCUUAUGUAAGCAAAAAUGCGGUCAACCAACAAGUCUUUUCCCAUUAUUUCCUUCCCCCCCACUGCCCCCUCAUUAGAUUAUCUUCCAUAUUUCUCUUACAAUUUUCGAGUUUUUGCCUCUCUUCUCUUCUUCUUGCUUCUCUAUCCUUCUCUUGGUGUUGAUGUUGUUGGUGCUGGUACUGGUGCUGGUGCUUUGAACUCUGCUCUCUUCCCUCCUGCUCCUCCUCCCCCCAACUAUUUUCGCAUUUUUGACCAUUUGGCAAGUCUUUUCUCUGACUCUCACUUCCUCCUGUCUAAUCCUCUCCUUCUAGCUCCCUUCCCUCCUCUUCCCUCAAGAAUUUUCGCAAUUUUCACUAUUUGUUCUCUUGCCUCUUCCUCCUGUAAUUUUCGCAUUUUUGCCUGUUUUGUAGUUAUUAGUUUACAUGUAUUGUAGUAGUUGAAAUAUAAUUUGGAAUUUUCGCUUU